GACCUGAGGCUGGUCCGGCCGGACGGCUGCGUGUUGGACCUGGAGCGGCCACUCGCAGAGCAGGGCCUCCUGGACGACGACCUCCUCCGGGUGGCAGAGCUUUGGGCUCAUGGUCGAGCUGCCCCAGUGAGCACCGAGGGCCAACACAUGGUCACUCCAUCUGACUUAUUGAGGAAGGCUGAGGAGAGCAUGAUGGGCGAUGCCAAAGAAGCUCUGGCGGGCUUUGAUGCAGUGCUGAAGGUCUUGGAGGAAGAAGAGGAAGAGGAGGAACAAAGGAGACUGGCCGCCCAAGCCUUCUUUGGGCGAGCGCGUGUCCAUUUGAGGUGCCAGGAUUGGUCGAAGGCCUUGCAUGAGGCGCAGCGGAGCCUGGAACUGCAGCCUGAGCACCUGGAUGCGAUGUGUUGCGAGGCCUUGGCCUUGAAGGAGCUGGGCGAGCUGCCGAACGCCCGUGCGCGCCUUGGAUGGGUCCUCUUGAAGGAUCCCCACCACCGCGUGGCGAAAGGAGCCUUGGCCUCCAUUCAAAAAGAUCGACUGCUAUGA